AUGGCGUCAAAUGCCAGCGAGCCAAACAACCAGCCAAAUACAUCCGACGACGCUCGCGCAGAGCUGACGCAACAGCUGGAUGAUCUCCUGAACACGCUUUCCAACAAGUUCGCCGGAGUGUCAAGUGAGAUCUUCGCCAAGAUGGAUGAGAUGUCCAGGCGGAUUGACAGCUUGGAGGCGGCGUUGAUGGCGAACAACGAUCGGGACUCUGGUACAAAGCAAUCAUAG